AUGAAGAGGGGAAAGAGGAGGAAGAAGAGGAAGAGGAGAAAGAGGAGGAAGAGGAGGAAGAGGGGAAAGAGGAGAAAGAGGAGAAAGAGGAGGAAGAGGAGGAAGAGGAGGAAGAGGGGAAAGAGGAGAAAGAGGAGGAAGAGGGAGGAAGAAGAGGAAGAGGGGAAAGAGAAGAAAGAGGCGAAAGAGGAGGAAGAGGAUGAAGAGGGGAAAGAGGAGGAAGAAGAGGAAGAGGAGAAAGAGGAGGAAGAGGAGGAAGAGGGGAAAGAGGAGAAAGAGGAGAAAGAGGAGGAAGAGGAGGAAGAGGAGGAAGAGGGGAAAGAGGAGAAAGAGGAGGAAGAGGAGAAAGAGGAGAAAGAGGAGAAAGGGAAUGAAGAGGGGAAAGAGGAGAAAGAGGAGGAAGAGGAGAAAGAGGAGAAAGGGGAUGAAGAGGGGAAAGAGGAGGAAGAAGAGGAAGAGGGGAAAGAGGAGAAAGAGGAUGAAGAGGAUGAAGAGGGGAAAGAGGAGGAAGAGGAGAAAGAGGAUGAAGAGGGGAAAGAGGAGAAAGAGGAGGAAGAGGAGAAAGAGGAGAAAGGGGAUGAAGAGGGGAAAGAGGAGGAAGAAGAGGAAGAGGGGAAAGAGGAGAAAGAGGAUGAAGAGGAUGAAGAGGGGAAAGAGGAGGAAGAGGAGAAAGAGGAUGAAGAGGAGGAAGAGGGGAAAGAGGAGGAAGAGGAGAAAGAGGAGAAAGAGGAGAAAGAGGAGAAAGGGAAUGAAGAGGGGAAAGAGGAGAAAGAGGAGGAAGAGGAGAAAGAGGAGAAAGGGGAUGAAGAGGGGAAAGAGGAGGAAGAAGAGGAAGAGGGGAAAGAGGAUGAAGAGGAUGAAGAGGGGAAAGAGGAGGAAGAGGAGAAAGAGGAUGAAGAGGGGAAAGAGGAGAAAGAGGAGGAAGAGGGGAAAGAGGAGAAAGAGGAUGAAGAGGAUGAAGAGGAGAAAGAGGAGGAAGAGGAGGAAGAGGAGAAAGAGGAUGAAGAGGGGAAAGAGGAGAAAGAGGAGGAAGAGGAGGAAGAGGAGGAGGAGGGGAAAGAGGGGAAAGAGGAGAAAGAGGAGGAAGAGGAGGAAGAGGAGGAAGAGGAGAAAGAGGAGAAAGAGGAUGAAGAGGAGAAAGAGGAUGAAGAGGAGAAAGAGGAUGAAGAGGAGAAAGAGGAGGAAGAGGAGGAAGAGGAGAAAGAGGGGAAAGAGGAUGAAGAGGAGAAAGAGGAGGAAGAGGAGAAAGAGGAUGAAGAGGAUGAAGAGGAGGAAGGAUGUAGAUGUCAGACCAUAUUUAGACAUAUAAAGGCUUCCCCCUCUGGUCCUGUGUUUUUGCUGAAAUGA